UCCGCGCGAGUCGACGCUCCCGCCAAAUUUGAAUAUCGAACUGACGCGACUUGACUUUUUAAUUUUUACUUUUUAUUUGGAUGCGCGUUUAUCGGCCAGUGUUGUUUGUGUCGAUUCGUUUUUAGUGUUGUGAAUGAUGUGAUCGAAACAUUUGUGCCAGAAAUAGAAACGAGAAACUUUAUUCAGGAUUUGUGAGUUUCACGUUAUGGGAAAUUUUGACAGGAGUAUAACCGGCACGAUUUUCAAAAUGGAAGUGACAACAUGGCUAUCCUUAGCGAUAGCCGUUCUCACAUUCGCAACACCAGCCACGACACACGAGCCCCGUGUAGUGUGCUACUACACAAACUGGUCCGUCUACCGGCCCGGCACGGCGCGGUUCAACCCCCAGAACAUCAACCCCUACCUCUGCACACAUCUUAUCUACGCCUUCGGAGGUUUCACUAAGGAUAACACGCUGAAACCGUUCGACAAGUACCAGGAUAUUGAAAAAGGUGGCUACGCCAAGUUCACGGGUCUGAAGACAUACAACAAAAACUUGAAAACCAUGCUGGCUAUCGGCGGUUGGAAUGAGGGUUCGACUCGUUUCUCUCCCAUGGUCGCUUCGAAGGCAGCUCGGAAGGAGUUCGUACGGAACGCUAUCAAGUUCCUCAGACAAAACCACUUCGACGGCCUGGACCUGGAUUGGGAGUACCCCGCCUUCCGCGACGGAGGCAAGCCCAAAGACAGAGAGAACUACGCCAAGCUCGUCAAGGAACUGCGGGAAGAGUUCGAACGAGAGAGCGAGAAGACAGGAAAGCCUCGCCUCCUGCUCACAAUGGCUGUGCCUGCUGGCAUCGAGUACAUUCAGAAAGGAUUCGAUGUGAAGACGUUGAACCAAUACCUGGACUGGAUGAACCUGCUGACAUACGACUACCACUCCGCCUUCGAGCCCGCCGUCAACCACCACGCCCCUCUGUUCCCCCUGGAGGAGCCCAACGAGUACAGCGUUGACAACGAACUCAAUAUCGACUACACGAUCAAAUUCUACCUUGAAAAUGGCGCCGACCGCGACAAGCUGGUGCUCGGUAUACCGACGUAUGGCCGCUCGUACACACUCUUCAACCCUGAUGCCACGGAGAUUGGAGCACCGGCUGACGGCCCUGGUGAACAGGGCGAUGCGACUAGGGAGAAGGGAUAUCUGGCUUAUUAUGAGAUCUGCGAAGCUCUAAAGCCCAAAAAGACGAAGCGCGCAAUCAGCUCAGACGAAGAGGACUCUGACGAUGAAGAAUCAUCCACCGAAGAGGACGAGCCGUGGACCGUGAUGUACCCUAACAAGGACGCUAUGGGACCCGUGGCGUAUAAGGGCAACCAGUGGGUGGGGUACGAUGACAUUGAUAUCGUUCAGAAGAAGGCGGAAUAUGUGGCGGAGAAUGGACUAGGAGGUAUUAUGUUCUGGUCAAUCGACAACGAUGACUUCCGCGGAACCUGUCACGCGAAGCCCUACCCACUAAUCGAAGCUGCCAAGGAAGCCUAUAUUGCCAAAGUAGGAUCGACGGAUAACUCCGUGGUAUCUGAGCGACCUAAGCUUUCGAGCUCGAGCAACAGAAGGCGACCAAGACCCAAAGCCUCCACUACCACCACAACCACCGCCAAACCCGCCUCGGCUGCUAAGGCUAAGAACAACAACAGGAAGAGCGUUGCGACCUCAGUCAAGAACACUACACCCACAUGGAACAUCGUCACCCCUGAGCCACCCACCACCCCUGACCCAGGAGCAGAUUUCAAGUGCACGGAUGAAGGCUUCUUCCAGCAUCCUCGUGACUGCAAAAAGUACUUCUGGUGUCUCGACUCCGGCCCAUCCAACCUCGGCAUUGUGGCCCAUCAAUUUACUUGCCCGUCUGGUCUCUUCUUCAACAAAGCCGCAGAUUCCUGUGAUUUUGCCCGCAACGUGCUCUGCAAGAAACCUACCACCACUACUAAAGCCCCUACCACCAAAGCUGCCACCACUGAAGCCACCACCACCACUAGAAAACCUAUCAAGCUGAGCACUAAGAGCUCCGUGCUGUUUAGAACUACUACUACAACGACAACCACACCAGAACCUGAGGAGGAAUACGAGGAAGAUGUAGAAGAAGAUUCCGUCGACGUGGACGCAGAAGACCCCAAGGUCAUCAAGGAACUAAUCGAUCUCAUCAAGAAAGUUGGUGGUGUGGAACAGCUAGAGAAGCAGCUUCACUUGUCAGAAUCAAGUGGCAGUUCUAUCACGACAACGCCCUCUACUUUCAACAAGAACUUGUACAAAAAGGUGCUCGAGAGGACCAUCGCCAGGACCAAGCAAGGAGGUAACAGCAUUUUUGAAAAAGCGGCCCAAAACCGACAGAGAGGACCACAAAACGCAGGGCUAGAAGCAUCUGCUGACAAGGACAAACUGCUACGAAAGGACAGACCACAAUACACUACAAUCAACCGCGCCCGUUCCGCUACGACCCCAGAACCCGUGGAGGAAUCUGAAUCCGACGAAGAAAUUGAAGUAAGGCCUAAUCGCGGACGAACCGUCGAGUCUGAAGCCGGCAGUGGAACAACAGCACGUCCUCUGCAAUAUGUGAACAUCAGGAGAGCACGCCCUAGUGCUACGUCGGAUACUGCUGAUGAUACAGCGUCAAGGAACGCACUUUUUGAACGUCCAGCUUCAUUCGUGACAGUCGCAGAAACUCCUGAAUCGCUGGACAUUCAAAGUGCAAGGCGAGAGAAUAUUCCCGAAUAUGUCACUAUCAGGAGACAACGUCCUACUACUGAGGAAGCCACUACUGUCCAGUAUCCAAGCACAUUACGAGAGGAAGAUUCACAAGAAACAAUUUUGGAAAAAGAAAUCUCGUCUCCGCCGUCUCAAGCGCAGCCCCAGUACACGUCCAUAGUGAGAGCUCGGUCCACCACCUCCCCUCCCCUGGAAGAGCCCGAGAGUCCCGAACCCACCACCAUCCUCUCUGUUCAAUUAUCGUCCUUACUCAACUCUCCCGAGGAGACCCCCGAGCCUGAAGCCCCGACGACGGUCGUGACGGAUCCUCCCACGACGACAACGACGAGCACGACGGCGGCGCCCGCGCCCACCCGCCGCACCAUCCUCCGCCGCCGCGGCUCCACCACCACCACCACCUCCACCGUCGCCCCCUCCACCACCCAGACCGCAAAAUCCCGGCAGCCGUUCCUGCGCCGCACGAAAGCCACGGCCCCUCCAGACACCACGGACACAGACUCCGUCACCGAAUCCAUAGACAACGAGACCACCACAAACAAGUACACUCGACGGGGCAACUCCAAAUUCAAGACCCGAAAAGAACUCGCGAAGAAAAACGAAAUUGAAAAUGGAACGCGACGGCCAUCUUUGAGCGCGGCCGCGGUGCGCAGUGAGCGCCCGCGCACCUUCGUGCGCCGGCGGCUUGGAGGGGCGAACGCUACUUCAACGACACCAGCCCCAUCAUCACAAGCAUCACCAUCAUCAUCAUCAGCGUCCUCGUCUGCAACCACUACCGCCACCCCAACGUCACGAAGACCAUUCCGCAUCGCCAGCCGCCGACGCCCGUCAAUUGUGACUACUAAGUCGUCGCUCUCGACUACGUCGACCACGCAAGCCUCGACAGUGGGCCUAGCAAGUGAAGAGUCGCUACAGGAUAUUGGAGAUACUGAUUCGAUCGAAGAUCCAGCACUCGCUCCAAGAUACGUUCCAAAAACGACAGUGAAAAUCCAAAGACGACCGCUCGUCAAUCUCAAAGAUGAAGCGAGAGACCAGAAUCCUUCCGCGACCAACGAACAAGAACCAAAGAGACACAGUAAGAAAUACAGCGCCAGUAUCAAGCAAAAUCAGCUAGACGAGCUGAAGAAAUCCAAGAGCCAAGAAGAUUUUAGUGACACGACUACUUUGAGCUCGACUACGGUUGAAGAUAACAGCGCAGAAACAGCAGUAGCCAUAGCAGCCCACCAACUCCUAGCCGCUCCCAUCCCCAAUCUCCCCAGUUACGACGACGAACAACCCACCAAGAAAACCACACGGACUCAAACCGCUGACUACUCCUACACCCCGCAGUACACCGACUUCACCGAGCCCAAGACCAUUUACUCAGAAGAAUUCAGCACUCCCAAUUAUGAGUCCACUUCUCUGCGAAACAAGGAUUAUACAACAGGAGCGUUUGAAUCGACGACUGGCUACGCUAAGACUACUUACAACCCCCCUAAUACUAGCCCAGUGUUUCUAUCCACUGUAUCAAGAUCUCCAUCCACACCAUCAAUACUAAACCAGGGUGUGACAGGAGGCCAGAACCUCGGGCCGUCUACGGCGAGGUACUUGGGUGGGAACGAUAAGUAUGUGGGCGUGCCGGUGGAAGAGUUUGGGUACUCGACGUCGGGGUAUAAUGGACAAGAGCCAUCGUACUUCACUAGGGAAUAUUUGCUGGAGUCACCGGUUACCAAGACUUAUGAUGACGAAUACCAAUACCUCUCCCCCAUCACAACGCCUCAAACGACCAGGCAACCAGCAACGCGCAAGACGGUCUACCGCAAGAUCUCCACCACGCUCCCGCCGACCCCCGCCCCCGCCACCACGCCCAAGCCCCGCCGCGUGCCCUCCAAGAAGUUCCAGAAACCCUUCGAGAAGAUACAGAAGGACGUACCGAACAGGACGUACAGGCCGAUUGAUAAUUAUGAUUAUUAUGAUGAUGGGGCGGAGCGGAUGGCGGAGAAGUAUGAGGAGGGAACGAAGGUCGUGGUGCAUGGGAAAGGAACAAUAGAAUGCCUGGACAUCGGCAACUUCCCGCACCCGUCGUCGUGCAAGAAGUUCAUCUCGUGCGCCCGCAUAGAGAACGGCUCACUGCUCGGCUGGGAGUACAUCUGUCCUAAAGGGCUCAGCUUCGACCCUGUGGGGGGCAUCUGUAACUGGUCCGCGGGGCUGGGGUGCGAUGAGAAGGAUAUUUAAAAGGGGGAGGAGUUUGGAGAAGAUAUGAAGGCGUGGCGGGAGCUCGUGUAGGCCCUUUGCACCUCUGGGGUGCCUUAGGACUACAACAAUACGUUUGGGGGAUUAGCGACUGGCUGGAAGUAUUUUUGGUAAGAUUGUAUUUAACUUGCAAUAGACAAGUACCUAUCUCAGUAGGUGUGUUAGUACCGGUCAAAUCUUGCAAGUAAAAUUUUACCCACUUCACGAUCUCAUAAAAUUUACAGUUAGAAAUUGGGUGAUAAGUCAACAUUAUGGUACCUACCAUAUGCUACCAUUGAGUUAUAUAUACAGUAGGUGGUCGUUGAAACUUUGUUAACAACUAAUUAAUGAAUCUACGGUUGUACUCAUGUCAUUAUAUCGCUACUGCUGAGACAUGUUUGUAAACAAUCUUAUUUUAUUUGGAGUUCACAACCGGCCCGUGGAUUAUUUAUACCCAUGAUAAGUUAUACAUAUUUAUGCUGUAUUCCCUUCCAGUCAAUCGCUAGUUCUCUAAACGCCAUAUUAAAACAAAGACCGAUAUGAGGAAAAGUACAGCUAACAAUACUAUUGAAACGAUUUGAGUUUUCGUUCUCUUCGAGAAACAUUAUUUGUCAAAGUGUUUGCAGUGGCAUUUUGAAUAGGCGUACCUGAUAUCUAAUUGGGACUUAAUACGUGGAUAUUAAAGCUGAAUUUAGAAAUUAAAAUCAUGCUCGGCGUAUCGUAGGCAAGUCGAUUAUUUAAAAAAAUAAAAGCAGAGUGGAUCGAUUAAAAUGCCUCUGACUACUCCCGUUGGGACUACAGUCGUGAGCAUAGGAAUGUAAAUAG